AUGUCAGAAGACACCACGCACGCAUCGAUAGCCACUGAGCCCCAUAGCACUGCAGCUGGCUCGACUCAUAGCACACACUCAUCACAGUCAUUGGCCAACGAGCCAACAACAUUCGGCAGUAGUUCCGAUGCCGGAGGCGGUUUAGACAGUGGAGCAGGGUCUAGUGCUGCUGCCGCUGCUGCUGCUGAAACCGAGGGUUUAACUGCCGAAGAAGCAGAAGAGCAAGCCGAGCUGGCAGCCAUUGCCGCUGGCUCGAGCCAUACCGAUAUCAUUGACUGGACCACAUUCGGCCAGAUUUUGGAAAUGGACGAAGACGAAGAAGACCGUGAUUUUUCCAAGGGCAUUGUCAUCAACUUCUUCGAGCAAGCACAAGUCACUUUCGAGCAGAUGGAGACGGCCCUAAAAGAGGGCAAUCUCAGCGACCUGUCGGCAUUGGGCCACUUCCUGAAGGGCUCGUCAGCAGCCCUCGGCCUGACUAAAGUGAAGAACUCGUGCGAGAAAAUCCAGCAUUUCGGUGCCGGCAAAGACGAGACCGGGUCGACAGAAGUCAAUGACGAAGCUCUCUGUCUCGAGCGAAUCCGCACGACCCUCGCUGUCGUCCGUGAGGAGUACGAAGAGUCGGAGAAAUACCUGCGUAAGUUCUUCGACGGGGCCAUGUAG